AUGUUAGACUUCCUACUGAUAUCAACGUUCCGUGUUGGAAAAUUUACGCCAACCAUUGUAACCCAGGCUAUUAUUCGAUUAACUUGCGACAUAUUAUCGGUGAUGGUCGGACUUUUAUACUUUGUUUGUGUGGUUGUGAAGCGCAAGAAAAGAGAAGCCGAUGGCCACGGAAAAUUGAAAAUAAGCAUCGAUGCACUGAAAACAUUAGUUCGGCCAAGUUUAUACACAUUCGCCGAGUCGGCGAUCAGGAGUUCCAUCUAUCUAUGGCUAGUCAACAGAAUAGUUCAGCUUGGAGAUCUCUAUGCUACGGCCUGGGGAAUUUUCACCACAAUCCGCUUGGGGCUCAUUAUGAUCCCUGUUCAGGCUCUUGAAGCGUCAACUUUGGCUUUUGUCGGACAUAGUUGGGGUCAUUUUCGAGCAACACAGCAAAUAAAAUACCCUAAGGCCACUAGAGCGGAAGUUUUUGCGCUUUUAUCCUGCGGAAUUGUCAUGGUUUUCGAGACUACCGUGUGCAUUGCGCUAUCUGUACAUGGGAUACAAUCCUUCGCACUUUAUUUAUCUGCUUCGAAGGACGUGGCGGCUGUCACCCAAAGAAUGUAA